AUGGGUCAGACAGGGUCAGACAUGGGUCAUACAGGCGUCAGACUGGGUCCAGACUGGGUCGGACAGGGUUCAGACAGGGGUCCAGACCAGGGUCAGACUGGGACAGAAUGGGUUCAGACGGGGCAGACAGGUCAGGACACACGGUCAGCUGGGUCAGACAGGGUCCUCAGCCAGGGUACAGACUGGGUCAGACAGAGGUCAGACGGGUCAGACGGGUCAGAUGGGUCAUACGGGUCAGACUGGGUCAGCCUGGGCCCCGGACAGGGUCAGACAGGGUCAGACAGGGUCCAUGACUGGGUCAGACUGUGGUCAGACCGGGGUCCAGAUGGGUCAGACUGGGUAGACAGGGUCAGACAGGGUCAGACCGGGUCAGACUGGGUCAGAAUGGGUCAGACUGUGUCGACAAGGUCAGACCAGGUCAGAUGGGUCAGACAGGGUCCAGGACAGGGUCAGACUGGGUCAGGAACAGGGGGGUCAGGCCAGGGUCAGGACUGGAACAACGGUCAGAAUGGGUCAGACAGGGUCAGACAGGGUCAGAACAGGGUCCUGACAGGGGCUCAGAACCGGGUCAGACUUUGGGUCAGGAUGGGGUCAGACAAGGCGUCACGACAAGGUAGACUGGUCAGACGGGUCAGACAGGGGUCAGACAGGGUUAUCCAGACGGGUCCGACUGGGGUCAGACAGGUCUCCCACUGGGCAGUCUCCCUCUGGCCUGUCUCCCCUCAUGGCCUGUCUCCCAUGUGGGCUGUUUCUCCCUCUGGGCAGUCUCCUCUGUGCAGUCUCCUUGGGCAGUCUCCCUCUGGGCCCAGUCUCCCCUUGGGCCGUCUCCUCUCUGGGCACGUCUCUCUUCUGGGCCAGUCUCUCUCUGGGCCAGUCUCCUCUGGGCUGUUCCCUCUGGGCUGUCUCCUCUGGGCCAGUCUCCUUGGGCAGGUCUCCCACUGGGGCAGUCUCCCUCAUGGGCUGUCUCCCUCUGUGCAGCCUCCCACCAUGCCACAGUCUCCUCCUGCGCUAGCCUCCUCCUGCGCAGCUCCUCCCUGCACAGCCUCCUCCUGCACAGCCUCCUCCUGCCCCGCCUCCACCUGCACUGCUCCUCCUGCGGCAGCCUCAUCUGCGCAGGCCUCCUCUGCCACAGCCUCCUCCUGCACAGCCUCUCCCUUGCACAGCCUCCUCCUGCACCAGCCUCUCCAGCACAGCCUCCUCCUGCCAGCCCUCCUCCCUGCGCUAGCCUCCUCCUGCGCCAGCUCCUCCUGCGCAGCUCCUCCUGCGCGAGCCUCCCUCGUGCGCAGCCUCUCCAGUCCGCGGAGGGCGGCUGCGCAGGAGGAGGCCUGCGCAGGAGGUAGGCUGUUGCAGAGGCGGAGGCUGUGCAGGAGGAGGCUGAGCCAGGAGGAGGGCUGUGCAAGGAGGAGGCUGUGCAGGCGGCGGCUGUGCAGGAGGUGGCUGCGCAGGAGGAGGCGCUGCGCGGGAGGACGGCAUCCUGGUCCCUCUCACAGUCCCCCUCUCUCUCCUCAGUCCUGGGUCCUCACAGUCCCCCUCUCUCUCCUCAGUCCUGGUCCUCACAGUCCCCCUCUCUCUUCUCAGUCCUGGUCCUCACAUUCCCCCUCUCUCUCCUCAGUCCUGGUCCUCACAGUCCCCCUCUCUCUCCUCAGUCCUGGUCCUCACAGUCCCCCUCUCUCUCCUCAGUCCUGGUCCUCACAGUCCCCCUCUCUCUCCUCAGUCCUGGUGCUCACAGUCCCCCUCUCUCUCCUCAGUCCUGGUGCUCACAGUCCCCCUCUUUCUCCUCAGUCCUGGUCCUCACAGUCCCCCUCGCUCUCCUCAGCCCGGGUCUUGGUCCUCAUGGCUCAGAUGCAGUCUAACGGCUCGGACCUGGUGCUGGUCCUGGAGAGCCUGACCCUACCCCCCUCUCAGACGCUCCCGGUCGUGCUUGUCCUCCUCUUCAUCUUCGUCUUCCUGGUCCUCUCUAACGGGACCAUGAUCGUCCUCAUCGCCGGGACGCGCUCGCUGCUCAGCCCAUGUCUCUCUGUCGCUCUGUGA